UUUUUACACCUACCAAUUUACAGUGUACGCGUUUCACCAGCAGGGGGCGAUGUUCUGCUUUGCGCUGAUUAAUUCUGUCAAGUUGGGGAAAGUCGACAGUAUACCGGAAGUUAGGCAUCCAUAGAGACGGAAAGAGAAGCCAGAAAGAAAGACUCAUAGGGUUUUUAAAAAUAUUUAUAUGUGUGCAAAAAUCAAUUUGUCCGUACACAUCGUAACGUCCAAAAAACACAUUAGCCCUUAAAAUGGGUGACUAAUUGUGUAACUGCAACCGGAAGUCCUGUCGUGACUUGACACUGUGACGUGCUUGAAAGGAGUGUGAGGUCUCGCAUUGCUUCAUACUUACUGAGUGGCAACUUAACGAUGGCGGACCCUCUUCUGGUUCUCUUACUCCUCCCUCGUCUUCAUGCGUCUCCUGUCCUUCGCCCCGCACACUACGGCGGCGCUUCACCUGAGCACCAGAGACGGGUCGUGUUUCCCGGAUGAGCCUGGCCGCCAACUCCCGCCAAGCGAUGCUAGCUUAUUCAAGGACAUUUUUUGGUGUUUAAGCUAACUUUAGCCAUUUCGGCUGCGGUCUCUUCCGCGUUCACUUAAGAUGGGAGGGCAGUGAGCGUGUCAGCAAUUACAAAGACAGCGUGGAUGUGGACGGUGAUGACGACGGCGAUGAUGAUUGCGGACGCGGCAUCUGUUGAUGUCGAGAUGAGGGUCCAAACAGUCGGCGUCGUCAAGGAUAGCGCCUGCUGACUUCUUUUCGGAGGGGCACGCUCGUUUCACUUAUGGCCUCCUUUGUGGACCUCGCCGGGUGGGCGGUGGCUCCUGCUUGACCCCUGAGAGACCCCCCUCCCCGACAUAUAAAGGUGGAUGGACUUUGGACUUGUUUUUAUCCUGUGAAGACUGACAGUGAAGGUGUCGCAUCUCAGGAGCCAUCAAUGUGGACCUCAGCGGCUGGUUUGACGAACCGUUUGUAGGAGCCUCCGGAGUUUCCCACCCUACUCCCUUCCCUCCUUCCCUAACCCCCCCUUCCCUUCCGUCCUUUUCCUAUACCACUCCUUUUCCACCCCAAGUCACCAUGCUUAUCAAGGAGUACCGCAUCCCCAUGCCCAUGAGUGUGGAGGAGUACCGCAUCGCCCAGCUCUACAUGAUCCAGAAGAAGAGCAGAGAGGAGAGUUCUGGCGAGGGCAGCGGGGUGGAGAUCUUAAAAAACAAACCCUACACGGAUGGUCCUGGUGGAAGCGGCCAGUACACCCACAAGGUUUACCACAUUGGCAUGCACAUUCCGAGCUGGUUCCGCUCCAUCUUGCCCAAAGCGGCACUUCGGGUUGAAGAGGAGUCGUGGAACGCCUACCCUUACACCCGCACCCGAUACACGUGUCCCUUUGUGGAGAAGUUCUCCAUCGACAUCGAGACGUACUACAUGGCCGACACCGGCACCCAAGCAGACGUUUUCAACAUGUCUUCUGCAGACAAGAGGCAGAGGACCAUUGACCCCAUCGACAUCGUGACCGACCCUAUCCCUCCUCAUGAGUAUAAAGCCGAGGAAGACCCUCGCUUCUACAAGUCCGCCAAGACUCAAAGGGGUCCUCUGAUGGAUGACUGGAUCGAAGAAUACAACAACAAUCCCGGAAAGACCCCCAUCAUGUGUGCCUAUAAGCUCUGCAAGGUGGAGUUCCGCUACUGGGGAAUGCAGUCCAAGAUUGAACGCUUCAUCCAUGAUGUUGGUUUGAGAAAGGUGAUGGUGCGUGCCCACCGGCAGGCCUGGUGCUGGCAGGACGAGUGGUACGGCUUGACCAUGGAGGACAUCCGGCAGCUGGAGCUGGAGACUCAGCGCACCCUGGCCGCCAAGAUGGCGCAGUUCUGCCAGGUGGAGGAGGCCACCGAGGCCAACGGAGGCACGGCGCCGCCGGUCAUAGAGCAGGAGGCGCAGGAUACAAGUAGCUGCAUCGAGGCAGAGGAGGUGGUCGUCACCACGGUUACAGACACCCUCCAGCCCCGAGGGGUGCUCACCAAGCAGUGGUCCACCUCGUCCAGAUCCUCACGUUCUUCCAAAAGAGGAGUGAGCCCAUCCCGCCACAGCAUCUCGGAGUGGAGGAUGCAGAGUAUCGCGCGAGACUCGGACGACAGCUCGGAUGAGGAGUUCUUUGAUGCUCAUGAGGACUUCUCAGACGGUGAGGAGGUCUUACCCAAACCCAUCACCAAGUGGAAUUCCAAUGAAUUCAUAGACAAGAUCGAAGCUUCAGACAUGGAAGAAACUCCCGGUGAGAUAGCAGUGGACUACGACACAGUGACCAGCGGGGAAAGGCUAGACGAGAUGCGAGGCUGCGUUAGCGUCCCAGCCGAUAGCUCUCCCAUUCCUACCAUCACAGUAACACCACACCAGUCAGAGAGCUCGGCCCAGCAGUGCCUGCAGCCAUCCAAGAUCCACGUACUCAUCCUGGUUCUCCACGGAGGCAAUAUCCUCGACACGGGCGGCGGCGAACAUAGCGGCAAGCAAGCCGACGUCAACACCAUCAGCACGGCUUUCGAGACGGUCAUGCGUGUUCACUACCCGGCCGCUCUGGGACGCCUUGCCAUCCGACUGGUCCCGUGUCCCGCCAUCUGCGCUGAGGCCUUCUCGCUGGUGUCCAACCUGAGCCCAUACAGCUACGAUGAAGGCUGUCUGUCCAGCAUCCAAGAUCACAUCCCGUUGGCGGCUUUACCCCUCCUGGCCACCUCGUCGCCACAAUACCAGGAUGCCGUAGCCACCGUCAUCGUCAGAGCCAACCAGGUGUUUGCCGACUUUAUCAAGUCUCUGGAUGGGGCCGCUUUCUCGGGCCAGGUCUGCCUCAUCGGGGACUGUGUAGGAGGAAUAUUAGGGUUCGAUGCUCUAUGCAGCAGCAACCAGACGGUCAAUGAAAGCCAGAACAGCAGCCGGCGAGGCAGUAUAGUCAGUGUCCAGGACCAGGACCUCCUCUCUCCAGGCACCAUUAUGAAUUUCGGACCAGGUUCCGCCUCACCGACGCUGGAGGGCAGCCGCCACUUGAGUCGCAGUAACAUCGAUAUCCCUCGUACGAUGUCGGGCGAGGAGAACAAGAGACAACUGGCACGCAAGAGGAGCGACUCCUCCACCUACGAGCUGGACACCAUAAAGCAGCAUCAGGCCUUCCUGUCCAGUUUGCAUUCCAGCGUCCUGCGGAGUGAUGCCACCUCACGCAGGUCCAGCAGCAGCACCAUGCUGGAUGGGGGCGCGCAGGGGAAGUUUGAAUUUGAAGUGUCCGACUUUUUCCUCUUCGGCUCGCCGUUGGGGUUGGUGCUGGCUCUGAGGAAGACCGUCAUUCCAAUGCUGGAUGUGGCCCAGCUGCGUCCCGCCUGUCAGCAGGUGUACAACUUGUUCCAUCCUGCCGAUCCUUCCGCUUCCCGCCUGGAGCCUCUGCUGGAGAGGAAGUUCCACCUGUUACCUCCCUUCAACGUGCCCAGAUACCAGCGCUUCCCCCUGGGGGAUGGAAAUUCGGCUCUGCUGGUGGAGACAGUCCAGAGCAACGCUCAGCUGCUACUUGACAGCGGGCCCCCUCUGUCGCUUCGCUGUCAGGAGACCAUCAGCGAGACGUGCAUCCCCGUGCCGGUGCUAAACUGGCAGGAGGGUGGCCUCAAAGCCAUACCCGUCACUCUGGAGUCGGAUGUUGUUCAGUCUCAUGGUGGUGUCUUCAUGGAAAGUUCGUACCCCUCAUCCCCCGUAAUGGGCCCCUUCUCGCGGGGCCAGCGGCGAGCCAGUGAGGUCAGCAUUGCCAGCCAAGUGUCAGGAAUGGCAGACAGUUACACUGCCAGCAACAUAGCCAACACCAAAACACAGCAGUUUAAUCAAUCCAAAAGGGUUGGCCUUUUGUCCCAGCUGGCUCUGUCGUCUCAAAGCAAAUUCUUCCUGAAAAGCCCCCCGAAAUCCCGUAAGAAACAAAAGGCCAAGCAGGCCUUGCCUGAAUCCCCCGAGAAAGAUCACCACGCGGCCGAGCUGGACUGGACUGAGACUGAAACAUACGGCGGUUUGAAUCCCGCCGGCCAGUACGAUACCAUGCUGUCACCCGGCCUGGACUUUGCUAUAUGUGACCUGGUCUCGCUGGACUCCCAGGCGGAGGUGGAUCAAGUUGCAGCACGUUGGUGGGGCACCAAGCGGAUGGACUUUGCCCUCUACUGCCCCGACGCUCUGACAGCCUUCCCCACCGUGGCUUUGCCUCAUCUCUUCCACGCGUCCUACUGGGAGUCCACCGACGUGGUGUCCUUUCUUUUGAGACAGGUCAUGAGACACGAGAACUCCAGUAUCCUGGAACUUGACGGAAAAGAAGUAUCCGAGUUUACACCCUCCAAACCUCGGGAGAAGUGGCUCCGCAAGAGGACUCACGUGAAGAUCAGGAAUGUGACGGCCAACCACCGCGUGAACGAUGCCGUGUUCACUGAAGACUGCCAACAAGUGGUGACCGGCCGUUUCAUGUACGGCCCGCUGGACAUGGUCACCUUGGCCGGAGAGAAGGUUGACCUGCACAUCAUGACUCAGCCGCCAUCGGGAGAAUGGGUUUACUUCAACACGGAGGUGACCAACAGCAGCGGCCGCGUGUCCUUUGUCCUCCCCAACGACAAACGUCUGGGCGUGGGCGUCUACCCUGUUAAAAUGGUCGUUAGGGGCGACCACACGUUUGCAGACAGCUACCUGACUGUGAUCCCUCGCGGUACAGAGUUUGUUGUGUUCAGCAUCGACGGCUCCUUUGCCGCUAGCGUCUCCAUCAUGGGCAGCGACCCCAAAGUACGGGCAGGAGCUGUCGACGUAGUCAGGCACUGGCAGGAUUUGGGCUAUCUGAUCAUCUACGUGACGGGACGACCUGACAUGCAGAAGCAACGCGUGGUGGCUUGGCUGUCGCAGCACAACUUCCCUCACGGCAUCGUGUCCUUCUGCGACGGCCUGGUCCACGACCCGCUAAGACACAAGGCCAACUUCCUUAAGUCCUUGACAGAGGCUCACAUGAAGAUAUUUGCUGGUUACGGUUCAACCAAAGACAUCUCGGUCUACACGUCCAUCAAUCUGCCUGCUUCUCACAUCUACAUCGUUGGAAGACCCUCCAAGAAGAUGCAACACCAGUGUCAGUUCAUCACCGAGGGUUACGCCACCCACCUGUCCCAGCUGGAGUACAACCAGCGCUCGCGGCCGGCCAAGCCCAGCAGCACGCGCAUGGUGCUCCGCAAGGGCAGCUUCGGCGUCGGUGCCAACAGCGACUUCCUGAGGAAGCGCAACCUCCUGCGCACCAUCUCCUCCCAGCCGGCCCCCAGCUCCCCCACCACGGGGAACAUCCACGGCCGGCCCGAGCGCACGCAGAGCCAGUCAGACAGCGAGCGUCUGGAGCGCGAGCGCCUGGAGCGCGUACACGGCCACGUCCAUGGGGCGGCGCAGCGCAGCAUGAGCAUCACGGCUGGCUGCUGGGGGCGCAGCAGCAGCACCAAGAUGGAACCCGGGAUACUCAGCCCCAAAUGAGGUGGGGGGGUAACGCCGCUAACGAUGACCAGGUGCUCUUUUCAGGUUGCUAGCUUAGCACGCAUUUCAACACACAGUCGGCCAUGUUUCAUCGAUGUUUCUCUUGGAUGAUACCGCCAUCCGGAGUAGCGCCAUGCUGUAUACAUCUGCACUAAACUUCCAAGCUUUUACGGCUGCAAGCACAACUCGGAAUAGCGGAAAACUGGACUUCCCCUCCCUUCCCCCACAAAAGACGGAUCAUUGAUAACCCUUUAACUGCACCUCCCCCCCCCCCAGGAGAACCAUGUGACUCCUACCCAGUGAAUGUGCCAAAGUACUCAAGCACAGAGCGGAAUAUCUGUGCAGGGAUGUGAUUGGACAAGGUGUACAGUAUGUUUGUACAAUGCUGUUCUACUGUAAAUAUACCUAUUAUAAAUUAUAAAUGGGUGCAGGUCUGCUGGUCUACCGGAGACCCGCGUCAAGUGUCUUCUUCCUAAUCGGGAUGGCACCUCCUUGUUCUUUCAUGGACAUAUUUUCUUCUAAUGUGGAGGAAACGUCUUCUUUUAAUCAAUGACUUUGGGGGUUCUUUUAUCCUUCUUGCCAUAUUGACCCGAAUCUAAGACCGCUCUUAAUAUAAGACGACCACCUCUUUGUGAAAAGUACAUUUUUAAGACAACGUGAGUCACACGCAUUAGGGCCACCAUUGGCAGGACGUUUCAAUUUAUGAGAAAUAUUACCAUAUUACCAAGGCCAAAGGUCACAUUAGUACCCGCUUUUCAUAGCUGUCUCAGGCAAUGCCUAUUAUGACGGAUGAUUAAAAUCAUCUGAGAGUUUGACAAUAAAGUGGGAAAUUUAUGAGAAUAAAGUCAUGAAUGUAUGAGAAGAACUCGUAAUAUUAAGAGAUAACAUUUAUGAGAAAAAAAAGUCUGAGAUUUAGGAGAGUAAAGUUCUACAUUUAAAGGAAAAAAGUGAAAAACCUUUGCCCAAGACCAAAGUACCAAAGUCACAUGAGUACCUGCUAUUAACGGUGCCUGUUAGGACGUAGGAAUAAGAUUUAUUUUGAGAAUAAAGUCAUAAAUCUAUGACAAAAACUCGUAACAUUACAAUUUACGAUAAAGUCAUAAAUUUACAAGAAUAAAGUUAUACAUUUGAGAAUAAAGUUGUACAAAUGUAUGAGAAAAACUUAUCAAGUCCUACAUUUACGAGAAAAAGUCUUUACGACUAUUCUCAUAAUAUUAUGAGUCGUGAAUUUACGAUUAAAGAAAACAUACAUUUACAAGAAUACAAAUAUUUUUUUUAUUUACGAGAAAAAAGUCGGAAUAUAAACUUUGCCCAAGGCCGAAGGUCCCCCUUGUCUUAGCUGUCUCAGGCAAUGCCUAUUACGACGGAUGAUUAAAAUCAUGUAAGAGUUUGACAAUAAAGUGGGAAGUUUAUGAGAAUAAAGUCAUGAAUGUAUGAGAAGAACUUGUAAUAUUAAGAGAUAAAGUCCUACAUUUAUGAGAAAAAAAAGUCUGAGAUUUAGGAGAGUAAAGUUCUACAUUUACGGGAAAAAAGUGAAAAACUUUUGCUCAAGUAGUAACGGUGCCUGUUAUGAUGUAGGAUUAAGAUUUAUUUUGAGAAUAAAGUUGUAAAUGUAUGACAAAAACUCGUAAUAUUACAAUUUACGAUAAAGUCAUAAAUUUACAAGAACAAAGUUGUACAAAUGUAGGACUUGAUAAGUUUUUCUCAUACAUUUACGAGAAAAAGUCUUUACGACUAUUCUCAUAAUAUUAUGAGUCGCAAAUUUACGAUUAAAGAAAACAUACAUUUACAAGACUACAAAUAAUUUUUUUAUUUACGAGAAAAAAGUCUGAAUAUAAACUUUGCCAAAGGCCGAAGGUCACCCAUAGCUGUCUCAGGCAAUGCCUGUUACCACGGAAGCUUAAAAUAAUAUUGACAGUUUGAGAAUAAAGUUGUAAAUUUAUGAGAAAGUCGCACAUGUACGAGAAAAAGUCAAUGUUACGACAAAGUCUUAAAUUCGCAAGAAAGUGGUUACGACAUUUUUCUCGUAAAUCUCGGACUUCAUUUGUCGAAAUCUCAGAUGAUAAAUGUGGCUCUAAUCCUCCUUUGUACAAGAAACAUCAUGUUUCUUCCAACUAGCAUAGCAUCACUGUUCACAUAGCAUCACAAGGCUGCUUUCAUAUACUCCACGUGUGUUUACGUGGCUAAUUUUGAUUGGCAGUUUUGAUGACAAAACUCUUAAUAUUCCAACACACAAUGAAUACGUUGAUAUAUUUACCGGCUCAGAUUUCAUCAAAAGCUUCUAAAAUAUACUUUUCAAGUACACUGUUGCUUGUACGAAGAAAAGACUAGCAAUCUAGCGGUCUUAUAUUCAGGUCAGUAUGGAAUUUCUGGUUCUUUUUGAUUUGAUUUUGUCAUUGUUUCCUUGCCAAUCAGCACACUUGUGUUCUAUUUAUUAUUCUUCUGCUAUAUUGUCAUUUUAAGCUAUUUUGGAACUCCGGGAAGUGGCUUCUCUCUUUUUCUGCUUUAGCCUCCAGUGUUGAAUGUGCUCCUUUUAGUCUCUUUUGAAAGACUUAAAAGCUGUAAAUGUCGUGUAUAAAAAUGUCGGAACACAGCGAUGAGACUUGAUGAUGAUGUUUCUAAUCAUGACGGGGCAUGUCCCAAAGUGACUGCCAUGGACCAACAACAUGGGCGUAAAUGUAAAAGGGAAAAUGUGCAAUAUUUCCUAUUAUUUAUUGAUCACCACCACGUCCAUCACACUGCAUCCCAGUGCUCUGACAAUCACUCCAAUCAGGAAUAUCACCACUCCCCUUUUUGCACAAAGGCCUGGAAAGUUGGACUUACUACUGUAACUGUUUGGACAAAUGUAUUGGGACACAAGGUCACCUUCGGGUGGUGUGUCCCUAUACUUUUGUUGGCAAAAAAAUCAACAUAAAAUUGUACUGAUGAGGUGACGUGAGAAGAAAUCAGACAAUUAAGACGUAAAUACUUCAACCUUUUGCCCCAACUCAUUGAACUUUUCGAGGCCUUAAGUUGUUUUCUUUGCCUUUUGUUCAUCAUGUAUGACAACAGCAACGCGUGUACGGACAAGCGAGUCUUAUUUCAAACUAGCUAACAAUAAAACACACAAGUCACACUGCUAUGAUGAUGAUGACACUUGGCAAAUAUGUAUUUCCAUUGUACAGGGUGUGUGUGUGUGUGUGUAUUUUGUAGGUUUUGGAUAACUGCACACUUGAUUUAGCUCACUUGAUUUCCAUUCCCUUGUUUUUAUGCAGUGUAUAAAGAACAUCAAUCCAUGCAACAAAACAAAAAGUUCAUUUGAGCCUUGUUUCCACGUGUGUGUGUGUGUGUUUUCUCCACAUAGAUACACAAGGUAAGUGAAGUCUUUUAAUUGGCUGCAAUCAUUUGACAUAACAUGACGCGUGUGAUAAUUGGGAUAAAAAAUAUUUUUUUUUUCCACUGGUAUGGAUUUUGAAAAAAAAAAAGUUUUAUCUCUUUUAGUUCGGUCAUUAAUAUAGCAUCAACCGAGGUCAAAGUGCGUUGUGUGCACCGAUCACCACGUUGCCGCAUCUUCUACCUGUUGAGUCCAAGCGUUCUCUGGAAGGAGUUGCCGUCCCCCUUGGUGGCUUGCUGCAGGACCAACAAACUCUGGUGUUAUACAUAAUACACACAAUUCUACAUUUUUUUUGUAUAUUUGUUUCUAAUGUCUGUGUCGCACCUUGUUUAUGUCC